AUGCGCUCCCCAGUAAGGGCAUUUCACAAUAUGUUUUGGGCACGUGCGCUGUACCUCGAGAGGGAUCUGUAUUUCGGGGAGGAUCGGCAGACUCUGCAGCUUGUGGGUGGGAGUCCGUUUUCGGGAACAUUUGUCUUCGACCCGUUGGCACCUGAGAAUGCCCGCUGGAAAGACACAUCACUCUCUUUUCCUGAGGGGGAAGGGUAUUGGCAGGCUGCAGUUGUCUUCCAAGAGUACUUCACGGACGGCUCAUUGUGCUGUGAUGGUAUCUGGAUCCACGGAGGACAAAGUGUUGAUGCAAUUCGCACUCCGGGGAAGACACGGUAUAGUCUCGGUUUGAUUUCUGACCGGCUGUGGUCCUACACAGCUGAAGUCGACAAAGCUGGCGCAGUCUCCGCAGUUCCAGGGACCCUGUCCUGGCUUGUCCUGGCUAUGCUGGGCUGA